UUGUGUUACCUAGACUUUUUAAGAUAUGAACGUUAAGAACCAGAUGGAUCAGUUAGAGCAGCAAAUACAAGAAGCUCAGCAAAGGUAUUCAAGUGCACAGGGGUGGUUAAACGAAGAAAAUCAAAGGACUAGUGAAAACAUGAAGCGUGCCAUUUCGAUCAGUCGGAAAAUUCAAGCUUGUCGAGAAAAACUGCGAGAAACGAACGAGGCAUGCCGAACUAAGGCUGAAAAACUACAGCUUGCUUACAAAAACAUCGAAUUUCACGGGCUGAUUGUUGAGAUAAGAGAAGGGCUAAAGAGAGCUAUAGAGUUGACAUCAAGAGCAGAGAGGAAGAUGGUUAAAGUAGCACACGAAUUGGAGAGCAUGAACGAAGAGAGAUAUAACGAAACUGGAGUUGAUAACAACAACAAUGCCAAAGAAUUUGGAGAAAUGGAAACUUUUGGCUCAAGAAGGGCUCCAUUAGAGGCAUUAAGGAAUGAAUUUUUCGAUUCUCAGCUCAAAGAAUUUCUAAUAUUGAGAAAGAAAGUCGACGCGAUCAAUACGGAAAUUGAGAUUGUCGACGAUAAGUUUGCCGUGUUGGAGGCGAGAAAACAAGAGUUACAAGCAGAAAUACAUGAGUAUAAAACUAAAAAACGCGAUCUCUUGAAAGCAAAAGCAAAUAAGGAAAAUCUCCACAGCACAAACUUGAGGUUAUUUUUAGUGGAACUUGGGGUAAUAUGAGCACAGAGCGUGGCUAAAAUAACAAGCCGGGUCUUUAUUUUAUAGGAAUUUGACCAAUAUUAAUACACAUACGGUAUGAUCAAAUAUAGCACUACGUUGAUGCGCUACAAAAACAUUCCGCAGAUACAAAUGUUACGUAUGAAAAAAAGCUAACAAUUUGUGCGAAGAAGAACGCUGAAGCUAGUUUGCCGUGAUAGCUUUUUAUUUCAAGUUACUUUUUCUUUCUCGUGUUACUGGUCACCGUCAGACGGAUUUAUGCACAGAUUAUGUCUAAGAUAAUAUAUUAAAGUUCACAAGGCAACCAGGUGGACAUUCAGACAUGGUUUGAUGCUACUCUAGUUUGAAAGAUUUAAUGAGAAGUUACAAUUUAUAGACCCUAUGAAUUGUAUAACGAGGGUAAGUUUCUAAAGAAACUGUGGUGCCUCGUCGGUGAGAGAGUAU